AGGAAACACGCCCAGUUGCUGGCAGACAAGAAAGAAAGCGAAAGCAACUUUCUUCCAGGCGAAGCUGCAGCCAUGGCUGCUUCUGGGGGUCCCGUGCAAAAUCUCUUCGAGGAAGCCACUUGCUCCAUCUGCCUGGAGUAUUUCAAGGAUCCAGUGAUCAUCCCGGAGUGCGGGCACAACUUCUGCCGAGCCUGCCUGAUCCAAUAUUGGGGGAAAUCCGAAGGAGAGGCUUCCUGCCCAGAGUGCAGGAAAACAGUUCAGCAGAGGAACCUCAUCCCCAAUCGGUCGCUGGCAAAUGUUGCAGAAAAAGCCAAGAUGCUCCGUGGGGAUUUCUGUGGAAGAAAGCGGGCGGAGGGAAAGGAAAGAGUCUGCGAGAAGCACCAGGAGCCCCUGAAGCUCUUCUGCAAGGAGGACCAAAGCCCCAUCUGUCUGGUGUGUGAAAGAUCCAAGGAGCACAAAAGCCACGAGGUGGUUCCUCUAGAGGAGGCGUCCCAGGAGUACAUGGUAGGAAACGGCAAUGGGUCUUGAUGGGGGAGGGCAGGGCUGGGUGACACGAGAGAGCAAAAAUUGUGGGAAAUGUUUAUAAUCUAUUAUGAUUCAAUUUGUAAAUGUUUCUGCUUUCAUCCAAGGAGAAAGACCCCCCAAAACACAAACACACACAGGUUAUAGUAUUUAUUGUAUUUUAGUGUUUUGUUAGAAGCCGCCCAGAGUGGCUGGGGAAACCCAGCCAGAUGGGCGGGGUAUAAAUAAUAAAUUAUUAUUAUAUUAUUAUUCUCUGCUCUAAUGUCGAACAGCUCUUCAAAACCUGGAACUUGAGUUGGUCUGAAGCAGUCUCUCAAGGGGAUGGAGGGAGUUAUGUUAAACCCAUAUUGGAUUUGGUUGUCUUAUUCAAUCCACUGGGAUAAAUAAGUGGGAAUCUCCACAAAAGACCCUGGAAUGCAGGACAGCCAUAUUGUUCAACUUCCCUCUUGCAUGCAUCCUAAAACCCAGCAGGAAAAGAAAAUAGAACCAGACUGGAAUUUUGUUUUGUCUUCAGAACCAGAUCUGUAGGUUCUUAGGCCAUCUGAGGAAGGAGAGGGAGAAGAUCAUGGCAUUUAAAAUGGACGCUGAAGAGGAAAGCCAAGACCUGCUCGUAAGUGUCAACAUCCCUGGGAAGCCCAAAAGUAUUAUUACAAGCACCCCACUCUCUGAGCGGUGAAAGCACCUCCCUCCGGUUCAGUUUGAUUCCCCCCCCCUUGGUAUUUGUGAUACAUGGUUUUAUUUACACAUCUGUAGGCUGAGCAUAAUGGGACGCGGGUGGCGCUGUGGGUUAAACCACAGAGCCUAGGACUUGCCGAUCAGAAGGUCGGUGGUUCGAAUCCCCGCAAAGGGGUGAGCUCCCGUUGCUCAGUCCCAGCUCCUGCCAACCUAGCAGUUCGAAAGCACCUCAAAGUUCAAGUAGAUAAAUAGGUACCGCUCCGGCGGGAAGGUAGACGGCGUUUCCGUGCGCUGCUCUGGAUCGCCAGAAGCGGCUUAGUCAUGCUGGCCACAUGACCCGGAAGCUGUACACUGGCUCCCUCGGCCAAUAAAGCGAGAUGAGUGCCGCAACCCCAGAGUCGUCCGCGACUGGACCUAACGGUCAGGGGUCCCUUUACCUUUAGGCUGAGCAUAAGAUAGAAGGGCUCAUGGUCACAGCACCAAUGGAUCUUGCUCCCCUCUUAAGUUUCAAAGGGGACCCCAGAUUCGUAGCUUUAGUUUCAGCACAGAAAGCAAGGCAGACAUCUCCUGACUUCCCACCUGCACUAGCUAGUUGUUUUCAUGGUAGCAUGGUACCUGUACUUCACCAACUCCUUAAACAUGUAAAAAGAAUGCUUAGCAGGCUGGGCUGGGGAUAUUAACUAAACAGACACCAGACUAAUCACUUCAAGAGUUCCUUCUACUACAGACCCCCAUCUUAUGUUAUAAAAACGUAGACAUGGAAGAGGACAGCACACACCCCCUCCCCCGAUAAUCUGGGUUGCCCCAGCCACUCUGGAUGGCUUCCAACAAAUUAUGAGGUAUCCAAACCACCAUCAGUUCUACAACAGACCUGUAACCAAGAAUCAAUAUCUGGAAAAAUGAAAUGCAGAAAUAUAUGUUUUUCUACUACAGUGGUACCUCGGGUUACAUACGCUUCAGGUUACAUAUGCUUCAGGUUACAUACGCUUCAGGUUACAGACUCUGCUAACCCAGGAAUAGUGCUUCAGGUUAAGAACUUUGCUUCAGGAUGAGAACAGAAAUCGUGCUGCUGCGGCGCAGCAGCAGGAGGCCCCAUUAGCUAAAGUGGUGCUUCAGGUUAAGAACAGUUUCAGGUUAAGUACGGACCUCCGGAACGAAUUAAGUACUUAACCCGAGGUACCACUGUAUUUGGAGUGUCCAGAACUCCCACCAAAAAAAAGUUCACAAAAGAGCAUUCCAAAGUGGUGGGUGGGUAUAUGCAAGGUUUUGUGAACAUUGAUGUGAUGUCUCCAAAAUGUCAAAAGAGCCCUUUUAAGGGAAUUCUCUUAACUGACCUGAGGCUGCAAAGUCAGGCUAUAUUCAGUCCCGCUGUUGGCCUACUUCUUGCAGAAUCAAAUGGAAGCAGAGAUGGAAAAGACAGUGGCUGAGUUCAGACGUCUACACCGGUUUUUGGAAGAACAAGAAAAGCGUCUUCUAUUACAGAUGGCAGAGGUGGAGAAGGAGAUCGCCAAGAAAAGGGAGGAGCACCUGGCCAGACUCUCCAGGGAACUCUCCUCUCUUGAAAGCCUCAUCCAGGAGGUGGAGGAGAAACUUCAGGAACCAGCGAGUGAACUCCUGCAGGUCAGGCCUGGUCCUGCUUCUGAGCUUCCUAACUAGCUGUUGGUGGGAUGCUGAGUCCGAGGGCCCUUGCUUGCCAGUUCACAGAUGGGAUGGGCUUUCCAUCACUUGGCAUCCUUCUCAUCUUGAAGGUUGAUGUUUAGAGGUUAAUGAAAAAGCAGAAGGGUCCGUCUUCCUGGGCCAGCUCAUAAUCAGUAUAAAAGUAUUGAGAGAAUAAUCCUCUCCCUUUUCCCACCCUGUCUUUCUCUCCCUCCUUCUGUCACUCUGAAUUGCCUCCACUGAAUUCAAUCUCUUCUUUCCUUCCAGGACAUUGGAAGCUUCUUGUGGAGGUAAGCACACAAAAAGCACUUCAGGUUGGUCGGAAAACUCAUUGCACUUGUUGAAAAACUGUUAUUCCUCCCCCAUUCUCUCUUUUAAAAUGGUUCACGUUAAAAGAUUCUAGUCCUCGGUGUCUAAAGACCCUAUGUUUCAUUCACUUCCAAAAAAUGAAAUAACAUCUAUUUUUACAUUAUAGCAUAAUCCUUUUGCUUCUAUAUAUAAUAAGUCCUUGCCUUUGGGGCUGCAUCAUAAUUUGUACACUACAGUGGAACCUUGGCUACCAAACGAUCAAAAACCGAAAGUGACUGUUCUGGUUUUCGAACGUUAUUUGGAAGCCAAACAUCUACUGCGGCUUCUGAUUGGGUGUAGGAAGCUCCUGCAGCCAAUCAGAAGCUGCACCUUCGUUCCUGAACUGUUUUGGGAGUCGAACGGACUCCCAGAACGGAUUACGUUUGGGAACCAAGGUUCCACUGUAGAUCUGCAAGCCACCUGCCUGCUGCUUUUCAUCAUGUGCUAAAAACCCUGAUCUCAGCUCACUAUGAUGUGCAGAUGAGCUGACAUCAAGAUGAGGCACCUGGCUUUUCAGAAAGCUCUUUGCGUUAGAGGGAUGGUGAGUUGACCUUGUUCUUCUCCCAUAGGUAUCAGGAGAAGUUUGAUGAUCCUCCUGUGGCUUUUCCUCCUGCCCUGAAGUGGAGGAUCUGGGACUUCUGCGAUAUAAAUCCCUUUCUGGAGGGUGUCAUGAAGCAGUUCAGAGGUACCAAGAAUGGUUUCCGUGGUUUAUAGUGGGCAUUUAAGAAAAAAUGUUCAAAACAGAUUGGUUAUCUAAAAUGAUGGAAUACUUCCAUAUUGCUGAACUAACAGGGAGGAUAAGAGGAGAUAUGGUACAAAAAGUGAAUAAGGAGUGGGCUAUCUUUAAGGAAUACAUCAAAAUUUAUGUGGGAAAAGUAGGAUUUCUGACAGAUAUUGAGUGAAUCCAGAAAAUGAUUAGAGUGAAAGGCAAAUAAAGUCAAGAUAGAAGAGAUUAAAGAAAUAAUGAAACGUGUUUAAGUUAGUUGGAAAAAUAAAGUAGCGUAACAAGAACGGCUGGAGGUCAAGUCACCUGGUGGGUGUCCGUGUGGGGUAGGUGUGUAGGUAUGUUGAUAUGUACAGUAUAGGUAGGUAUUAUAUACAGUACUGUAGGUAUGUUUUAUGUUAUAAAAAGGUAGUGUGUUAUGUAUGUGUGUUGUGUAAAUGUAUAUGUAAAUAAUAUUUUUUUUGGGGGGGGGGGAUAAGAAAAAAUGUUCAUAAAAGGCUCCAGGUUGCUUGUCAUAUUAGCAGUGUCAAGAAAAUGGAAGAGCUGAGUGUGAAAAGAAAAGGCAAUUAUCUUCCAUUAUGGAAAAAGGCUCUGGUCAAAGCUCCCUCCUACAAAACGGAGUCUACUCAUUUAUACCUAUUAGUGCUUCGGCAUCUGCCGUUGCUUAAGGAUAGGAGCAGGGAGUGAAUCAGCAAAGGAACCUGCCUCAGGUUGAGUCAGGCCACUGCUCCAUCUCACUCAGUAUUGUCUACACUGGCUGGCAGCCACUCCAGGAUUCCAGGCAGGAGUUUCUCCCAUCCCUAUCUGGAGAUUCCAGGCGUUGAAGCCGAGACCAUUUUUGUGUAAAGCUGGCUCUUCUACGAAGCCAUGGCCAUUCCCUGCCACAAGCAGUAAAGGUAAAGGGACCCCUGACCAUUAGGUCCAGUCGUGGCCCACUCUGGGGUUGCGGCGCUCAUCUCGCUUUACUGGGAGCCGGCGUACAGCUUCCGGGUCACGUGGCCAGCAUGACUAAGCUGCUUCUGGCAAACCAGAGCAGCGCACGGAAACACCGUUUACCUUCCCGCCGGAGCGGUACCUAUUUAUCUACUUGCACUUUGACGUGUUUUUGAACUGCUAGGUUGGCAGGAGCAGGGACCGGGCAAUGGGAGCUCACCCCGUUGCAGGGAUUUGAACCGCCGACCUUCUGAUCGGCAAGCCCUAGGCUCUGUGGUUUAACCCGCAUCCCGCCACCCACCACAAGCAGUGGGCACUGCUAAAGAACAGCCCAUCCUCCCAACGGCAGCAAACAUCUCUAGAAAACAGCAAAUGCACCUCAUCCACUCUGCAUGGAGGCCUGACUUUAUUUCCCAACCGAAAAGGGGACUUCUCAAAUCACUUAGCCUGAAUUCAGCCUGAUCUUUUAUUUCCCUUCCCUCCCUCUCCCUUUUUAUGAAGAUUACCCGCUCUGAGAUCCCACAGCUAAUUCUCCCCUAGCCUCCUCGCUGGCCCAAGUAGGACCAAUUCAGCCAGCUAGCCCUGGGGAUUAUCUAAUUGCUUAUUUCCCCUAAAUUGAUCUCUGAAUUUUGAAUUUUAUUGUUAUUCAUGUUUUUAUAUUGUAUUUUAUACUGCUUUUACAAUUAAGUGUUUUCAAUUUGUUGUUAGCCGCCCUGAGCCCGGUGUUUGAACUGGGAAGGGUGGGGUAUAAAUAAAAAAAUAUUAUUAUUAUUAUUUAUUAUUAUUAGCCCCUUUGCUUAUGAGCUGGAGGCUGUGUCCUUUCCCAAGGCCUCAUCCAGGCUUUGGAUCUGCACAGGUGCUGAGACAUAAUCUCGCACUUUUCCCAAGUCAGUCUCACAUUUCCCAAGCACAAAUCUCAGGUGGUGCGAUGAGUCAGUGUGUCCGGCUGUUAACCAGAAGGUGGGUGGUUCGAGCCCACCCAGGGAUGGCUGUGGGCAGGAUUCCUGCAUUUUAGGGGGUUGGACUAGAUGAUUUCUUGAGGUCCCUUCCAAAUCUACACUUCUGUGAGUCUGUUGGUAGCUGGGCAGUGGAACCCUGUCGCUUCUUUUGGGUUUGCUGCCCCCUUUUAUUAUGACCUUGGUGGUGGGGGAUUGUAAAAGAGCAACUGGUGUUGAGGCCUCUAGGCCUGGCUUGCCUGAAUCUGAAGGCUCCUCAUGGAUGCUGGAGAUUGGGGGGGGGGGCCUUUCUGGGUGAAGGGCCUGCUCUCUGAGAAAAUGUGAUGUAAAGGUCCGUAUAGUUAAAGCUAUGGUUUUCCCAGUAGUGAUGUAUGGAAGUGAGAGCUGGACCAUAAAGAAGGCUGAUCAUCAAAGAAUUGAUGCUUUUGAAUUAUGGUGCUGGAGGAGACUCUUGAGAGUCCCAUGGACUGCAAGAAGAUCAAACCAUUCUGAAGGAAAUCAGCCCUGAGUGCUCACUGGAAGGACAGAUCGUGAAGCUGAGGCUCCAAUACUUUGGCCACCUCAUGAGAAAAGAAGACUCACUGGAAAAGACCCUGAUGUUGGGAAAGAUGGAGGGCACAAGGAGAAGGGGACGACAGAGGACGAGAUGGUUGGACAGUGUUCUCAAAGCUACCAGCAUGAGUUUGACCAAGCUGCGGGAGGCAGUGGAAGACAGGAGUGCCUGGCAUGCUCUGGUCCAUGGGGUCACAAGGAGUCGGACACGACUAAACAGCUAAACAAUAACAACAACAAAAGGGCUGAACCUUGGCACCAACACAUCAUCCUUGCCCUCACUUAUAGCAUGCUGCAAUAUUGUGGUGUUUUUCCCAGAUUCGUUGUGAGGAUGACAGUGUUCUUUUUUCCUUCCACAGACACUCUGGGAUCUGGAUUUCAGCUGCAGCAAGGUAUGUUAUUUUGGGGUCUGAUGGUGGCCCAUAUUUCCAGAGGAGAUGAGAUCCGCCUCUCAAAAGAUGAAGCCACUGGACAGAGUGGGGCUCUGUUCCCAAAAUGUGCUCCCUGUCUGCCUUCGCAGGCUUUUCACUGUUCAGAAGAACCUAUAUAUUUUAACUGGGGUGUGGCACAAUCACCCCACAUCACUGUGGGAAAGAGUAGUUCCAAGGAUUUAUCCUUCACAAGCGUUUUUGCACAGUUCGGUCAAAUGGUUUCCUUCUUAACUCAAUGGAGGCCUUUAAAUUCAUUUACAUACACGGGUUGAGCAUAGGUUCACUUCUUAAAUUCUCCAGCAGCGAAGUCUGCAUCAGACCUCCAGGAAGAGGCAGCAAGGAUCUCAAAAUGCAGUAAAUUUACACAGCCCAAAUUCAGGUCUUUCUUUUUUUUUUUCUUUUCAUUUUUCAAUAAUAUUUUUAUUCAUUUUCCACAAAAGAAAAAAAAAACAUUUUUUAUACAAUCAAUUCACAUUUUAUCACACAUUCAUCUCUUUUUUUGACUUCCCUCAGCUCCUCUGCCGAUCUUUCGUUUGCAUCAAUAUUAUUAACGCAUUUCUUAACUUAGUAUUGCCUUUAGAUAUCUCCUUCCCUCCUCUUAUUUUCUUUUUAACAAUAUUCCUCUGUUUUUCACAGAGUCUCUUGAAAACCAACAAACGUUAUCUGUUCAUCACAUAUGCCUUUCAGAUAAUCUGUAAAUCUUCCCCAGUCCUCGAUGAACUUUUGGUCUCGUUGAUACCGAAUCUUCCCUGUUAGUUUGUCCAAUUCUGCAUAAUCAGUCAAUUUCAGUCUCCAUUCUUCCACCGUCGGUAACUCUUCCUGUUUCCAUUUUUGGGCCAGAAGUAUUCUCGCUGCUGUAACUGCGUAUUGAAAAAGUUUACAGUCUUUCUUACUUAUCUCAUUUCCUACCAAUCCCAAUAAGAAGGCCUCCGGUUUCUUAAUACAAAUUUAGGUCUUUCUGUCUCUCACUCAAGCUCUUCAUGCCCAGACAUUGGGAUGACAUUAUCAUGUGCCGGGGAAACAUUCCCUCUCUCAAGUUCUUCCAGGUAUUCCAUAAUCAUUUAGCCUGGUCUCUAAGAAAAACCAUGAAUGCAGCUACUUUGCCAGGACUAUGAAGGCAGUCUCUCCAGCAACACUUCUGGCUGCAUUAACCCUCCCCUGCCCACACCCCCAAUCUCCCAACAUGGGGGAUGAAUGAAUUUUAUUAUUUCGGUCACAGACCAGUUCCAGCCCACACACAAUACAGUGGUACCUUGGGUUAAGUACUUAAUUCGUUCCGGAGGUCCGUACUUAACCUGAAACUGUUCUUUUUUUAAAAAAAAAUAAUUUUUAUUCAUUUUCCAAACAAGUUUUAUACAGUCAACAAAUUAUUUUACACUCAUGCUUCAAUUUUUGACUUCGCUCAGUUUCUCUGUCAAUCUUUCGAAAAAUUUCUAUUUAUUGACGCAUUUCUAAACAUGAUAUUGCCUUUCCCCACUCCUUUUCCUCUUACUCUCUUUUUUGCAGUAUUUCUUACUAUUUCACAGAGUCUCUUCAAAACCAACAAGCGUUGUCUGUGCAUCACAUAUAUUUUUCAGAUAUUCUGUAAAUUUUCCCCAGUCCUCGAUAAACUUUUGGUCUUUCUGGUAUCGAAUCUUCCCAGUUAAUUUAUCCAAUUCUGCAUAUUCGGUCAAUUUCCUUCUCCAUUCUUCCACUGUUGGAAUUUCUUCCUGUUUCCAUCUUUGGGCCAAAAGUAUCCUUGCGGCAGUCACUGCAUAUUGAAACAGUUUACAGUCUCUCUUAUUGAUUUCGUUUCCUACCAUUCCUAAUUGAAAGGCUUCUGGUUUUUUAACGAACGUAUAUUUCAACAUCUUUUUCAAUUCAUUGUAUAUCAUUUCCCAGAAGUCUUUCACCUUUUUGCACUCCCACCACAUAUGAUAGAAAGUACCUUCUUUUUCUUUACAUUUCCAACACUUAUUGCAUGUUUUAUACAUUUUGGCCAGAGGUCUGUUCUUAACCUGAAACUGUUCUUAACCUGAAGCACCACUUUAGCUAAUGGGGCCUCCUGCUGCUGCCGUGCCGCUGGAGCACGAUUUCUGUUCUCAUCCUGAAGCAAAGUUCUUAACCUGAAGCACUAUUUCUGGGUUAGCGGAAUCUGUAACCUGAAGCGUAUGUAACCUGAGGUACCACUGUAUCAAGGAAGUCAUAAAACACGAUAGGGAUACAUUUGAAUUUGCAAUUAGGUAUUACAGGGACAAUACAGAUAUAGCAACCGUUAAGAAAUAUAUGAAUUAAAACUAAGUCACUAACAUACAGUGGUACCUCAGGUUAAGUACUUAAUUCAUUCCGGAGGUCCGUUCUUAACCUGAAACUUCUUAACCUGAAGCACCGCUUUAGCUAAUGGGGUCUCCCGCUGCCGCCGCGAUUUCUGUUCUCAUCCUGAAGGAAAGUUCUUAACCCGAGGUACUAUUUCUGGGUUAGCAGAGUGUGUAACCUGAAGUAUAUUUAACCUGAAGCGUAUGUAACCCGAGGUACCACUGUAUAACCUGAAAUUAUCAUUUAAAACCUUAAGCAUUAUGAUAACACAGCUUGUUCCCUAAGUUUUAUGGCAAUCGCACAGAAUUUGGCUACCCUUAACGUGAUCUCAGGAUCCUUGUCCUCUACCAAGGAUUUUACACAUUGAAGUCAACAUGGGGGAGAAAUUGCUGGAUGUGGAGGCAGAAGUUCAGCCUGGUCUAGUGCUGGGCACUAACAAAAGAGAUAUUCCAACAGCUGGAAAAGGUGCAGAAAAGGGAAGUGUCAAGACUUGCUCCCCAAGCGCAAGUCCCUCCAGAACUGGAUUUUGGCAAUAAAAUGCCCAGGCCCAGCCACAUAACCUGGGGGCUAGUCACCCAAACAGGAGCUUUCGGAGAUUCAGACUGGCCACUUCACUUGGGGAAUGUCGAGAGAGCCUAAGUAAUCCACCAUCCCACAUUUUCAUAAGUGAGAAAGCACAGAAAUAGCUCUGUUGUGUUUUUUUGUGAACUGCCUCAAAUGGCAGGUUAGAAAGUAUUUUACAUGAAUAGUUGAAAUUUGGGUCGUGCUCACAAGGAGGAUACCUUUCGUUGCCCGUUUUUCCUGAGGUUUCAAGCGAGGUCUUUGUUGGAACGUUGGCUGAAAAGAUUGAGCUACGAAUCAGGGACUCGCUGCUUUGAAUCUCCCCUUUGCCACCUACUCCCCGAUUGGCCUUAGACAAGCUGCCUUGGGUCACCCUCAGUCCUCCUAUCUGAAAAAUGGGGGUAAUAAUACGGAUUUGCCUUAAGGGCCUUUGUAAGGUUUAUAACUACAGUGGUACCUCAGGUUACAGACGCUUCCGGUUACAGACUCCACUAACCCAGAAAAAGUACCUCGGGUUAAGAACUUUGCCUCAGGAUGAGAACAGAAAUCGUGUGGCGGCAGUGGGAGGCCCCAUUAGCUAAAGUGGUACCUCAGGUUAAGAACAGUUUCAGUUUAAGAAUGGACCUCCAGUAUGAAUUAAGUUCUGAACCCGAGGUACCACUGUAAAUAGCACAUGUGAAGUGCUUUGAAGAACUAAAAAGCCUAAUGUAAAUGUGAAUUGUUAUUUUUUAAGCAUCUCGUUUCCAAAUGCAGUGCUUAGAAGCCCUGUUGAUUUGGGAGGAAAUGCUGUUCCUGUCACGUGUCGAGACAUAAGCCUGUCUCUCUUCCCUUUCCUCAUCUGCUUCCACAGAAAACGUAACUCUGGAUCCAGACACAGCCCAUCCCCACCUCAUCCUGUCUGAGGAUCGUAAGAGAGUGAGAUUUGGCGAUGAGGAACAAGAUCUGCCCAACAGUUGCGAGAGAUUCGACAAGCAUCCCUAUGUCCUGGGAGGCGAGGGGUUCACAGGAGGAAGACAUUUCUGGGAGGUCGUUGUGGGGAGUGAGGGGGGCUGGGCUGUGGGGGUGGCCAGGAAGUCUGUGAAGAGGAAGGGUCAGAUCACGUUUGGUCCUGAGGAAGGGGUCUGGGGUCUGGGGAAGUGGGCAGGAGAAUACAAGGCCUCCUCCCACGCUGCUGUGACCCUGAGCAAGGAGCCUGAGAGGAUCCGAGUGGCCCUGAACUGUGAAGGGGGACGGGUGUCCUUUUACGAUGCUGAUACAGCAGCCCUCCUCUACACAUUCUCAGCAGCCCCCUUCUCAGGAGAGACCCUCCUGCCCUUGUUUUGGGUGCCCCGUAAAGCCCACCUGACCCUCUCUGACUAAGGGAGGACAGCACAGACAGAAGACGUACAUCAAAACAGGUUUUUUAUUAUUUUUAUUAUUAUUAUUUUGCUUGCUUGCUUAGCUCCUGCACUGACUCGUGUAGUGAGCAUGACUGGAGAGUAGGGAGGGCCAACAGGUUGGUGUCCUAACUGACACAAGAGUCACCCAAUCAUUACCGUCCAUGUCACCGGCCCGAAAAUGGAAGGUGUAUCAUGACUGACACAAGUACCAGCCAAUCGCUUAUCUGCAAAUAUGGCUUCUCCUUGGAAAGAACAUUAAUCUCUUGAGGCAGAUCCUGAAAUGCAAAAACUGAAAAGCCAGUCUUCUUCCAGAGUCACUGAGGUGGUUUUCUGUAUCAGUGUCCUCUCUGGAAAUGAAGAGCCUGCUAAAUUAAAGUUAUAGUGAGAGGACAAAGCAAAUUCUAAGGGGUGGUGAGACAUUUCCAUUUAUACAAAUAUGCCCCCUAGUAUAAUUGGAAGUUAAGGAUUAGGCACUUCCAUCUAUAGAUUUCUAAGGAGCACUUCAGCUUUUAUAUAUAUCAGCAGACAUUGGGGUGUAUUUCAUGUGG